UCCAUGGCGGCCGCGGCGUGCUGGGAUGAGCUGCCGGAUGACAUCCUCCGAUGCAUCCAAGGCCGCCUACCUUGCCCCAUCGACGCCGUCUACAUGGGCGCCUGCUGCAAGUCGUGGCACAAAGCGGUGCCCAAGCCCGCGGCGCGCCUCAUGGUGCUCCCCUGGCUCCUCAUGCCGCUCGCCGGAGGGCCGUCGUUCGGCUGCAUCCUGAGCGGCGGCGCCUGCCACAACCUGGACCUGCUGCCUGAGGACGCGCGCGGCGCCCGUUUCUUCGGCUCCUACGAGGGCAAGUGGCUGUUCGCCGCGCUCCGCGGCGGCGGCAGGGAGAGGCACACGCUGCUCAACCUCUGCACCGGCGAGCGCAUCCCGCUUCCCGACUUCGAGUACGGGCUGGUGUUUUGGGCCGUCCGCGGCCUCCCGUCUCCGACCUUGGUCCGCGGCCCUCCUCGCCCCGUGGUGAUGCUCGCCGCGACCCUUUCGUCCCCGCCGACCGUCGACGGGGCGUGCGUCGCCGCCGCCAUCCUCAACAUGCCGAGGACGAACCGCUGGCCUUUCGUCUGUUUCUGGCGCCUUGGCUCGCCAGUCGCCGUCGAGGGAGAAGACAUCAACACCGCGCCCGGGACGGCGGCGCAGGACCUUGCCUACCUGGACGGCCGCUUCUUCGUGCUAACCAAGGGCGAGCACCUCCGGGCGUACACGGCGCUCGACGAGCCGGACCCGCUCAGGGGCGGGGAUCUCCGAGUCGUCUGCGACUUCUACAUCACCGGCCGCGACAGGCAGUUACAGGCCGGGGAGCCCCGUGCGGGCUACCUCGUCCCGUCGCGCGGCGAGCUGCUCAUGGUGGUCAAGGAGUGGCGGAGGGCGGACGGAGCUGCGGCCGCGGUCCAGCUCUUCGUGCUCACCCCCGUCGCGCACGACAACCCGGAGAAGACACGCGCCUGGACCAGAGUCGAAAGCCUCGACGGCCGGCUGCUCGUGGUCGGCCCCGGAUGCUCCAGGGCGUACGAGCGCACGGGCUGCGACGAGGGGGUCUACUUCCUGGACGACCGCACCUACUACCACCGAAACAGCUUCGACGCCUACUUCACUCUGCGGAGUGACCCCGGCGAGUUUGUCUUCGCCGACAAUGGCAGGUGCAGCCUGCCGCCUGCUCAUCCGGAGCACUGCUUCCCCGUGAAGCCAGAUGAGGAAGGCUGCUCCUCAAGUUACUCGCCGCCGGUCUGGCUUCUACCUUGAUUUCCCUUUGAUGAUACACGUACGGCGCAGAUGCAUGGCGCGUGCAUUACACUAGAAACUUACGCGCGCUUUGCCGCGCCGGUUGGCAGAAGCGCGAUAUGAUUCGUAAGCUGUUCCAUGUAAUAAAUUACAUCACCCCUCAAAUAAUGUGGAUA